AUGGCGGCGCAUCAGCUUGCCAUUGCCAAGGCAUCUUUCUCUGCAGGACUUUUGCGUCCUGAUCCAACUUCUGUUCCUCGCGACAGCAUCGCCACGUUCCAUUCUUUACUAGACAAGGCGCUAUCGCGCUGCUCUCGAGCCAACAUCCAGACCUGUAAGGCAUGGCUUCUUGAGAAUGUCGUCUCUUCAUCAAACAGGGCGGGCGUCUUGGGCAAGUACCUAGUCGCCCUAUCGGAAUCCUUCAAGGCGGCAGAUGAAAAGCAGAGCGACAAUGCAAGGCCCGCUGUCUCGCCCUCUGAACCCUCUGGAAAGCGCAAGAGACUUCAUAUUCUCUAUCUGCUAAACGAUGUCUUUCAUCAUACCAAAUACCAUUCGGAGGGUGGUGCCAACACGUUUGUGACUUUUAGCAGUGCACUGCAACCCCACAUCGUGGAACUGCUGGGAUAUGCGGCGUCCUAUGAUCUCACCAAGCACCCCAAGCAUCAUCGGCGGCUGGAACAGCUCUUGGACGUGUGGGCGGAGAAUGGAUACUACAGUGAAGAAUACACCAACAAGCUCCGUGAGGCGGUGAAGAAUUCGGCCUCUGUGGACGCAAUCAAGGCAGCUGUUGGUAUUGAGGAUGGUGCGGGGGAAUCACAGCAGAAGGGCCUACAGAGAGAUACUCCAUUCAUCAUGCCACCCACCCACGGGGAUCCCUCCACUCCAUAUUACGAUCUUCCGGCAGGCAACUUUAUUCCCCACAUCAUCCCCGACUCUUCUACUCCGAUCCGACCAGAAGCCGUGAAGCCGCUGCAGUUUGUAGCGGGGCCCGCAGACGAGAAGCUUGUCGCUGCUGUGAAAAAGUUUUUGAAGGAAGCGGAUCGAAUAUAUGGCUCGAAUGAUAUCGAGCACGAUGAGAAUACUGUUGUCGAUAUCGAUGAGCUCGGGCAGACUGUCAUCAGAGACGAAAAGACUGGAGAAAUUAUAGGUGGCGAUACAUACUAUGGGUGGUCUCGCCAGUUUUGCCAACAGAUGAAGAAAAGGCGGGGGAAGGGGUCCAACCGCAGUCGGAGUCGCAGCCGUAGCAGCGACAACGGCUUUGACAGGAGACGACGCUACAGUGAUACACCGAGCAGCAAAGAGGGAGGGCGCCGAGGUCGACGGUCCCGCAGCCGUUCAUACACUCGCGAACGUGACCGGGGGCGACGCUAUUCAAGCUCUCGUUCUCGCAGUCGUUCACGUUCAGGGCGAAGAAGUCGUUCCCCAUCGGGUCAGAGGUCUCGAUCACGCUCUUAUUCCCCACGUCCUGCGUCGCCUCCACGGUCAUUUUCACCGCGUCAUCAGCCUCCCCCUCCUCAGAGUGCGCCUCCCCAAUUUUCAUUCAACCAAAGUCGGCAAUUUCAACCGCCAACAACGGGAAUGUCUGCGCCUCCCCCGCCACCACCGCCAAACUACAACGGCCCGUGGCCUCCUCCACCUCCACCGCCUAUGCCUGGUUUUGCUCCGCCGUUUCCGGUGCCGCCUGGGCAGUAUCCACAGCCGCCUGCUCCGGGCCAGUAUCCUCAGCCUCCUCCAUGGGGGGGACCAGGGGGGCCACCAGGGGGACCUCCAUACCCGCCGGGAGGGCGUGGAAGAUGGCAGUGA